UGUCAUAUACAAAUCAUAUCAUAUGAUAUAUAUUGGUAUAAUAUCAACACCAUAGGCUUUGUGGGAUUAUUCUUAGUUGCACGCAGAAAAAUUUUCUGGGAAAAUAUCUUGGUAUGGGAAAGGGAUCUUUUCAGGACUCUGUUAAAGCUCUGGAAGCUGACAUUCAGUAUGCUAAUACCCUUGGUAGAGUUGGACUUUGAAGCUGAGAAUUUGUUUAAAGAAGAUGUUGAUGAACUGCACCUGUGAAUUUGCAUGACACUCAGUUGGAAAAUUGAAUUAGAUAACACUUUUCAAUAUCCAAAAACGUCAUUGAUAUGUUUAUGAUGGAGUCUUUCAUACUAAUUCUUUAAGCAGAGUUUAGCACUUUUCUCAUGUGAAUGAGAUUGUAUGCUUUCUUUUCCCCUCUUUGUUAGGGCAUUAGGCUAUCCAAGGGACAAAGAUGGAGGAUGCUUUCAGAUGAGGAUAUCAUACAGUCCAGCAGCCCCUCUUUUUCUGUUUCUUGUUCAAUGGACCGAUUACCGCCUCGCCGGUGCUCUGGGUUUGCUGAGAAUUCUAAUUUAUGUGACUUAUGGAAAUGGGAAGAAUACUAUGUCAAUAUAUGAAAGGAAAGCAAGCAUUAGACAAUUUUACUCGAUUAUAUUUCCUGCUCUGUUGCAACUUGAGAAAGGCAUCACAGAUUUGGAGGAAAGGAAACAGAAAGAAGUAUAUGCUCUUAGAUACCAAAGGAAAAGUGAGUUCAAUGAGAGAAGACAAUCUGAAAUUGACAUUGAAAGAGAAGAGGAAUGUGGAGUGUGCUUGGAGGUGAAAGCAAAAGUUGUGCUUCCUAAUUGCUGCCACUACAUGUGUUUGAAGUGCUACAGAGAUUGGUGUCAGAGGUCUCAGUCUUGCCCCUUUUGCCGGGAUAGCCUGAAGAGAACCAACUCUGGGGACCUUUGGAUUUACACUGACACCAGUGACAUUGUUGAUGUUGGGACAAUUUUCAAAGAGAAUUGUAAGAUGCUGUUUCUGUACAUAGAGAAGCUGCCUCUAAUUGUUCCAGAUCCCAGAUAUGUGUUCUAUGAUCCACUUCUGAGAUGAAGGAAUUGCCUACAGAUUUUUGGAAAAUAGUGUGUAUGUUUCACUUUACUUGUACAUGCAUUUUAGACCAUAAUUUAAUUGUGUAUAUAUUUAACUGGCUUUUUUCCAAUCGGCUUCAAGUUGGUGAUUUAUUUCUAACCCAAAGUUCCAAUA